AGUAACUUGGAGGACUCAUAUAUGCAGGUGGGAUGACAGAGGAAAAGAAGGUUCAGAAGCGGAAGGUCCUUGCCAAGUGGCUGAAGGAAAAUAUUUUGAGAUUAGGCCCCACAUUUAUCAAAAUUGGCCAGCAAUUCUCCACAAGAGUGGAUAUUCUAGCUCAAGAAUAUGUUGAUCAAUUAUCAGAGCUCCAGGAUCAAGUUCCUCCUUUCCCAUCAGAAAUUGCUCUGGAAACAGUUAAGGAAGAACUUGGAGCACCCUUAAAUGAUAUAUUUGAAAGAUUUGACCAAGAGCCAAUUGCUGCGGCGAGUCUUGGUCAGGUCCAUCGUGCAAAACUGAAGGGACAGGAAGUCGUUGUCAAAGUACAAAGGCCUGCUCUAAAGGAUCUAUUUGACAUUGAUCUUAAAAACCUAAGGGUUAGUGAUUAAUAUUUGAGGUGUCCCUACAUUCUGUUUGCAUAUGG